ACUAACAUCAAGACAUCAAAAGGCAGAGUUAAUCCGAAAGAAUCUUGCUGUCCCCUGUAUGUGUCAUGAGUUGCAACGCCAGGCUGUAUAUAUGGAUAUGAUGUGUCCCCCUCUGGCCAGCUGCUAGGAGGUGGGGGUCUUCAAUUAUCUGUCUAGUAUAGGACUAAAGGUGGCAAAGACAGGAUGUUCUCACCGGUUUUGUGUGUGUGUGUGUGGUUUUUGUUUUUGUUUUUUUCUUUUUGGUGCUUUCCUCCAGGCCAGAACUUUGGGCCUCUGGUGAAAUCCUUAUACAGUUUUCUUCCCCCAUGAUGGCACAAAAAGAAACUUUGUUUAACAGUAAUCUUAAAAUGCAAAAGUUAAGUACCAAUAGGGGAGACUUCUCAAAGGGAAUCCGAAAAUGUUCCACGUCUUCAUGAUUUGUGAAAAUAUGUGUUCUUAUAAGACCCCUUCCACUCCCAGACUCGUGCUAUUACCUGAUUCAAAGCAGAAGGCACUGGUUUUUAAUCCUCUCUGCUUCGCCAGAGAAAGGGAAACAUAUUAGCGGACUGUCAGCUGUCAAAUGUGGAAGAUUUUCUAGAGUCCCUUUAAUAGAAACAAACCGUGAAAAGGGUAUUUAAAUGAGUUUUAGUGGAAAAGUCGCGCGUUUAUAAAAUUAAAGGGUAUACUUCUACAGAAUAAGAUCCUAUAAGGGUUUUCACUAAACUGGGAACAGGUGCUGAUUUCCAGGUGGUGGGAUUAUUGAAGCUUGCCCCUCCUUAGUAUCACGGGUGGACGGUGAUUUGCCUUAAUUGUCGUUAACAUUUCACUGUUAUUUUAUCUCCAUUGCGAUUGUUAUUAUUAUUGUUGUUUUAAAUAAAUGGCAAGCGUGCAGGUGGCCCCCCAGCAGGACCACGGAUCCCCCACGCAGCCUCCCGGCGCGGCGCCACUGCGGCGCAGGGACUUCUGGGGGGUGUAGUCCACAGGCUUCCUGCUCAUGCGCUUUGGGCAGAGGCGCUCGCUGUGGGCGACAUUGUUUGGGGCCCUGAGCUCUGCUUUCUCAGGAUCCUGCUCCUUCCAAGAGGAAGACAGUAUGAUUAAAUUCCAGGAAACUGUGACGUUCAGGGACGUGGCUGUGGUCUUCACGGAGGAGGAGCUGGCACUGCUGGACCAGACCCAGAUAAACCUGUACCAGGACGUGAUGCUGGAGAACUUCAGGAACGUUGUCUCAGUGGGAGACAGGAUUAAAAACAACACUUCACAUCUUCAGGGAAAAGCAUUGAGUUAUCUCUCUCAAGGAGUGCUCUACUGCUGGGAGAUUUGGAAACAAAGGAUCAGUGAAUUAACUGUGAGUCAGGAGCAUGUCAUGAAUCUUCAAGGAGAUUGCCUGCAAUCUUUAGAUGUUUCCCUCUGUGAAGAGUGGGCGGGAGAGUCUCUUCAGGUUUCUGAACAUGACAACUAUGUAAUAAAUACCAUUAAUUUAGAAAAUCAAGAUGGCGCAGCAGGGAAAGGCAUGACACAGGCUCUUACCCCAGAAUCUUGGUGGGAAGCCAACAUGAUGACUGAGCCCCAGAAUUCUCAAGGACAAUAUGAGGGAAUUCAUGUGGAAGAGAGACUGUAUGGAUGUGCUCACUGUGUUGAUGACGUCAGUCAGACAUCAUGUGAUCAUGAUGAUUCCCAAGAAUGUAAAGAGGAGAAACCUUGUAGAUCCACUGACUGUGGGAAUCCCUUGGCUAUGAAAUCAGCAGCCAAACAACAUAAUGUGGUCCCUGUGGUACCACGACCUAUCAAAUGUCAUAACCAUGGUGUGGGCUUCGUAGGUGGUGCGGACCCUCCUGUUCAUCCCAGCACUCACAUAGGUGAAAAGUCUUGUAGAUGUGACCAGUGUGGAAAGGACUUUAGUCAGAGCUCAGAUCUUACUGUUCACUCUAAAACUCGUUCAGAUGACAAAGCUUAUGAAUGUCGAGAGUGGGCAGAGGGCAGCAAGCAGAACCCAGCCCUUCCCAGAUAUCAAAAUGGCCCCUCAGGAGACAAACCCUAUAAAUGUCUCGAAUGUGGCAAGGUCUUCAGGCGCAACUCCUCUCUUCACAACCAUCACCGGGUCCACACAGGAGAGAUGCCCUACAGAUGUGACGUGUGUGGGAAGGGGUUCGGAUUUAGGUCACUUCUUUGCAUCCAUCAGGGAGUACACACAGGGGAAAAGCCCUAUAAAUGUGAAGAGUGUGGGAAGGGCUUUGAUCAGAGCUCCAAUCUUCUUGUCCACCAGAGAGUCCACACUGGAGAGAAGCCCUACAAAUGCAGUGAGUGCGGCAAAUGCUUCAGUUCAAGCUCUGUUCUUCAAGUCCACCAGAGGCUGCACACAGGGGAGAAGCCUUUCAGGUGUGGCGAGUGUGGAAAGGGCUUCAGCCAAAGCACACACCUUCACAUUCACCAGAGAGUCCACACAGGGGAGAAGCCCUAUAAAUGCAACGUGUGCGGAAAGGCUUUUGCAUAUAGUUCAGUUCUUCACACUCAUGAGAGGGUUCACACGGGGGAAAAGCCUUACAGAUGUGAAGUGUGUGGUAAAGGCUUCAGUUACAGCUCGUAUUUUCACUUGCAUCAAAGAGACCACACCAGAGAGAAACCGUAUAAAUGUGUUGAGUGUGGUAAGGGCUUCAGUCGGAAUUCAGACCUUCAUGUGCAUCUCAGAGUCCACACAGGAGAGAGGCCCUAUAAGUGUAAAGAAUGCGGUAAGGGCUUCAGUCGUAACUCUUAUCUUCUGGCUCACCAGCGAUCCCAUGCCAGUGAGGUCCAAUAUACAUGUUGUGGGCACGGCAAUGGCUUUAGUCAUAGCUCAGACCUUCUUGCUCAUCAAAAACUGCAUGAGAGGACAGAAACGCUCUCAAUGUAAUUUUCAAAGGGGCCAAUGAAGAAACCAAGCAAGUCUGUGUAUUUCUGGUGAUAGAGGCUUACUCAGUCAUUGGAGGGCUGGGGCAACAAAGGACAAGGACGCUGCCACCCAUGAUGUCGUCCUGCAGCUCUGAAGCAAGGGGUUCUUAAGAGCAUUCCAGGGAACUACGUGGAUCUCAAAAGCUUCUACAGAACUCCCAGCAACUGUCGUAUGCUGCAGUGGCAGAGCAGUGAUAAUUAAUAGAUGGACAGUUUGUGGCAAUGACAAUAGUUGGAGAUCAAUUUUCCAUGAGUGGAUAUGCCCAGGAAGGAAAUUAUAAUUGAGAUGGGUACCAUGGGGACUUAAGGCCAGCCAAAAUCUGUAGGCUUUUUUUUUUUUUUUUAAAGAGAGUACCCACUAGAAAGACUCAGAAGAGUGCUCAAAAAUGAAACCCAUGUUAUCAGUCUGCUAAGUCCAUUCUCAGGUUUUCAAAUCCAUUAGAUUUUCUACACAGGGAGAAGCUCUGUAAAAGUGAUACUUUAUGGGCAUGGCUUGUGUUCAUCUCGCUGGUUCCAUUUCUUGGUCACACAGAGACUCCAAUUCCCAGAAACCCUUGCAGUUAAGAGCUGGUCCACAUGAUAGAGUGCCAAGCCACAGAGUACAUCUUGUGAUGUACUAAGAUGGCCUUAGAAACAUCUUGUGAUGUCCUCAGGCCAUCUUUCCUGCCAUGGUGACCUUGGAGGCUGGAUUGGUAGAAGGUGGUUAUGUGACCUGUGUUGGACUUUGUUUUUCUCAAGUAAGAAAUAAACAUUUGCUGUUUUAUACUACUGUUAUUUUGGCAAUUUAUUUGUUGCUAGUAUUGCCCAGGCUCUGCUGACUAUGACAGAGGGAUUUAACAGCAACAUAUUUCAUGGUCAUUGGAGUUCAUAUAAGAAAGCAACUUUAUAAUUGAGCUCAAAACUUUCAAGUUGCUAAGGCUGUAUGUGUCAGUGCAGCUUUCUAAAAUGGUGUGUCUAGGACUUCUUCAGUGAGAAUCUUCAUUCAUUGGUCUGUGCAUAAAAAAGAAAUGUUCCAGAUAAUGUUCAUGUGCUAAAAUUUUAGCAAAAGUACGGUCUAUAGACAUAAAGAAAUCCCAUGCACUAGAGAAACUCUGUAAGGUGUAAUAAUGGGAAAAGUUUGUCAAUAAGAAAUUGAUCCGACUAGGUAUCCUGCAAAUGGUCUUAAUAAAGUGAAUUAAGUAAAACUAGUAUUUACUGAAGUGACUAAACAGAAGACCAAGAGUGUUCAUUGUCAGAAGCUGGCUUCUGACACCACCACUUCUCAACAAUCUUGUUUAAUAAAAAUGGGGUUUUAGGAGGUACUCAUUUGUCAAGUUUCUUCCAUAAUUGUGAUUUAAUUUGAGAUUAUAGAUGGAUUUGGGAGGAGGAGAUAUAG